CCAUCGCCCAGUCCUGUGCCCAAUCCCCCGCCCCUCCCUCCCUCCCUCCGGUUGGCACGCCCACUUUUUCUCCGCGGCGGAUCUAACUCGUCUUGUUGACACCCUCGAGCCAUGUCGUCCCGCGCUCUUCGCCAGCUUCAGCGGCAACGCGAGCUCGAGAUGGCCCAGCGCCUGCAGCAAGAGGCCUCCGACUCAUCGGAAGCCUCCUCCUCGGGCGAGGAGGCCCCUGUCUUUGCCGCCCCGAAGCGUGUCAAUACCUUUGCCAUGCUGAUGGGUGUCAAUGAGGAUGACACUUCCUCGUCCGAGGAAUCCGACUCCUCCUCCUCCUCCUCCUCUGAGGAUGAGGCGCCCAUUCGGCGCCCGGCACGCUCGGCGCCUCCUGCCUCGCGAGGCCGUCGCCAGGCCCCCGCCGCGGCCCCGCUCUCCAAGAAGCAGCAGAAAAAGGCCCAACGCCAGAGCAAGCUGGCUGCCAGCACGCAAGUGGCCGCCGAGACCGAAGUCCCGGAGGCCAGCAAGACUCCGGCGGCUCAGCCACGCACCGGCGCCGGCUUUGAGCAUCCUCUCUCGGCGUCGCUCUUCCGCGCGGCUUUCGGCACGCAGCCCAACAAGAUGGACGCCAAUGCCGAGCUUCGGCGCUUCUUCGGCUCGGACGUCAUCGGCCAUUCGAGCUCCGGCAUGGGCGGUGGCAAUCUGGUCCCCUUCCGCCAUAAUCGGGGACACCCCUCGCAGCGGGGCCGGUCCACACGCCCGGGCCUCCAGAUGACCCCCUUGUCGCCGGCGCAAAUCAACCAGGAUGGGCGCUUUUUCUACUGCUUCACCCCGACGCAGGUGUACCUCCAGGUGCAGCAGCGCUUCGAGGCCCUGCUUGGCACCCACAACUACGACCAGAUUCACAACCUCUUCCAUGACGCCCCCUUCCAUGCGCCGACUGCCCUGACGGUGGCCGAGAUGCUGCGUCGUCAGGGAAGCGCCCCGGAGUCCGACGAUGUGAUUGAGCGCAUCAUCUUCGACUACGAGGUGCGCGCCUCGUCGCAGUUCCAGCCAUAUCGCCUGCAGAAGCCCGACCAGCUUGCCGAGUCGCCGGACAGCGUGGUCCCGGCCGGUGGCUGGCUCUCCUAUGACGUGGAGAUGAAUCGGUCUCUCUUCCUGGCCCUCUUCCAUCGUGUGUCGUCCGUGGCCCGGACUGGCGCCCACCGGGCGGCCCUGGAAGCGGCUAAGGCGCUCUUCUGUCUCAAUCCCCUGGAUGACCCGCUGGCGUCGGUUCUUCUUCUCGACCACUGCGCCGUCCGUGCCCGCGAGGACUCGUGGCUGCUGUCCAUUUACGACUCGUUCUGUGACGUGCUUGGCUUGCACUUCCUCCCAUCAUAUGCCUUUAGCCUGGCCCUGUGCACGGAUCGCGUGGAAAAUGGCACGGCCGACUCGGCGCCGUCACUCAUCCAGCGCGGCUCGCGCAAGCCCACCUCGGCCACCAACAAGAAGGCCAGCGGCGGUGCGGCCCGCUCGGCGGCCAACACCGCCACCGAUCACCUGUCGGCUCAGCUGAACAUGGCUUGCUCUGGGCUGGCCCGUUUGCCGGAGCAGGCGGCCGGUCGUCUGUGGGCGGCGAUUGCCGCCUUCCCCGCAGCCGCGAGGGCCCUCUGGCAGGAGGCUGGCGGCUCGCCGGCCGACUUCCCACCCAUCUUGAGUGCCUACGCUGACGCGGUGUCCAGCCUGCCCGAGGACCCGGCCAACCUGGCCCAUGUUCCACUUCUCACGCCUCAGGAUUUGGACUCCGACAAUCAAGGCGAGUGGUCCAUCGCCGGCGAGUGGUAUGAGUUCGAUCCCGAGCGGGUGCUGGCCAUCUGCGGCCGGCCAGCCUCUCUGCAUCCAGCCGCCCGGCCGACUGAUUUGGCUCAGUCUCUGGAGGCUUUCGCCGGGCUGCCGCAUGUGCCAAUCGUGGCGGCCAACCGGUCGGUCGCGCUGGCGACCGUGUUUGCCGCGCGCUCCCACUCCAUUUGGCGCGAGCCCACGACCACCAACUGGCUCCGGUCGGGGAUUGCGGCGGUCGCGCGUGCUCUUUGCCAUGAGGCGGCCCAGAGCCCCCAAACGUCCGGGACCGAUGAUUCGGCCGUCAGCCGGCGUAUCCGCGACCUGCGCCUGGCCGCCUACAACUCGGCCUUUGCCGCGCGCUUUGUCGAGCUGCCCGAGGCCUAUCGCGUUCCGCUCGCUGGUGGCUUGGCCGCGGUUGAUGCUGCCGACCCGGCCAAUACCGCCGUUGUUCCAACAAUCCCCAAGGUUGGCCCGUCAACGCGAGCCCUCUCUCGUCACAUUGUGGUGGCCGACUUGCCCAAGACCUUCGGCUGCCUGCCGCCGACCCAUGCCAAGAGUGACUUGCAUCCCCAUGACCCGUUGCCACCGCGCUAUGAGCCCGUCCGGGGGUACGCCCUCAAUACGGACGCCUCGGUGGCCGGUGGCGCCUCCGCGUCUGCUGCCAGUGAGGAGGCUCCCUCCCUGCUGUCGGUGUCGAUGAAUGCCGUCGGCUCGAUGAUUCAGUCGCUCAACCCGAACUAUGUGCCGGAGGCCGGUGUCGGUGCCGGUGGCUCCGCCGCCAGCCGGCCCUGUCCCGCGCAGGUGGCCAACGAGGACGGCUGGGCCUCGGUCGCACCGGCCCCGCGACGUGCCCCGGUGGUCGGCGGGGUCGGUGCCCCGGCCGACAUUCUCCGUGGACUGAUGGAUCUGUUGAUGAAUAUGCACCAGAAUGGCGCGAACGCCGACGUCGCCGAGGCCGGCCGCGAGCAGCUCAUGCAGGCGCUCGGUGUCGAUCCGGAGGCUCUCCUGGAGAGCAUGUACGACCCGGCUGCCGAUGAGGAAGACCAGGAAGACGGGGACUUUGAUGAUGAAGAUGAGGAGGAGUUCGACGACGAGGACUUUGAUGACGCCAAUGACGAUGCUUUGGCUGGUCCCACGCCCGCAGCCGCCCCCAAUGACGACCCGGACAUGCAUUCACUGGAUGCGCAAAUUUCGGCAGCCAUGUUGCGCGAUGACAUCUACGAAGACUGGACCGAUUGAGGAAAGGCCCUGCUUCUUUUUUUCUUUCCUCCCUCCUUCUCCAGCACUAUGUCUCUCUUCCCAUUUUCCCCUGAUGAGGAUGUCUACUGUGCCCCACUUUUUUCUCUCUCCCCUUCGCAGGAGGAUAAAAUAUACUUAGAGGGGUCACCAUGGCACAUGCUGGUUCUCGGGGAACAAGCGUAUGUCCGGCUCUUCGCACACUGGUGGACA